AUGACUAUCCAAGCGAAGAGAAUUGUGACGGUAUUUGGAGGGACUGGAAACCAGGGCAGCAGUGUGGCACGUUCCUUGCUGGCACACAAAGACAAGAUCUUUCACGUUCGUGUAAUCACGAGAAACCCUCAAUCAGACAAAGCGAAAUCUAUUGCGUCACUAGGGGCGGAGUUAGUUCAGGCAGAUGGACUUAACCUCGAUGAAAUGACCAAUGCCCUUGCUGGCAGUUGGGGAGUAUUUAUCAACACGAAUUCCGAUGAUGAGGCUUUGAAAUCAUUGGAUGGUCCUAGCGAUUAUGACCUUGGCGUGUUGGUAAUCGAUUCUGCUAAGAAAGCAGGUGUCCAGCAUGUUGUCUACAGCUCUGGACCAUCCAUCACAAACGCUACGAAAGGCAGAAUGCAUCUGGAAGGCUUCGAGACCAAAUACCAUGUUGAGCAAUAUGGGCGUAAGAAAGGGUUUAAAAGCUUUACUCCCAUCUUAUGCGCCUCGUUUAUGGAGUGCUUUUUCUAUGAUCCGUUUGUAGAUGCCUUCGGUGGGUUUCCUUGGAUUCCUGAGCCAGAAACAGGCGAAGUGGUCUUCCGCACUCCGGACUACGGGGGUAAAGGCGACAUGCCCUGGGUCAGUUGUGAGGAAGACCUCGGUGACAUUGUGCACGGUAUUUUUGUGAACCCGUGCAAAUACGAUCAGACAUUGGUUCAGGCAACGAGUCAACAGAUCACGAUGUCUGAUGUGGCAGCUUCAUAUACCCAAGCAACCGGAAUUCCGGCCCGACACGAGGAAUUGUCGUCUUGGUCUAGUAUCAAGCUCAAUGGGACAAGGUGCCGAGAAGAAACUCGCCAAAUGUUCUGGUACAUGAAGCAUUGCGGUGGCCGUUGGUUUGCAGAACACGAGAGUGAUAUGUCUACCGCGGUUGCAUUGAAGGAAGCAGCAAUGUUGUCUCGGGGUCAGGAGGGAGGUCUUACUACAUUUCAGGCCUGGUUCAAAAAGGCGAAAGUCCUGAAAGACCAAAAUGUGUGA